AUAUAUAAGUAUAAGUUUAAAUGUGGGCCAAACUUACGUGACCCACAUAUCAAUUUUUAACAUCUGGGCCAAAUACUACAUCUGACAUCUGGCCCAUGUCUUGCGUGCCAUCUUAAAGACGGUGCCACCUCUGUCAAACCCGGGCCAUGUUUGUCCCACAUGCUGAAUGCCAGACUGUGCCAGCUUUAUGCCAAAUCUGGGCCAGAAUUCUUUGCAACCUGGGUUAGAAUGUAAGCGGUACUAAACAAUAGUUUUUAGAAUGAGUAAUAAUCCAUUAAUCUAGUUCAGGGGUCACCAAUCUUGUUCCUGGAGGGCCAGUGCCCUACAGAUUUUAGCUCCAACUCUAAUCAAACACACCUGAACAAGCCAAUCAAGGUCUUACUAGGUAUACUUGAAACAUCCAGGCAGGUGUGUUAAGGCAAGUUGGAGCUAAACUCUGCAGGGACACCGGCCCUCCAGGACCGAGAUAGGUGACUCCUGAUCUAGUUACUGCACAUGUCCCUGUUGAAGGUCGGUGAAUUUAAGAUAAUUCAUUAUUAAAAGGACAAGCUCAAGCUCGGCAUGUCAAAACGUCCCAAGCUGUCUGGUGCGCAGGGGAGGCAAAAAAGAAAGAAAGGUGGAGGGAAAACGCGACAAAGACAGAGGUAAUGUGCAUAUGAUUAUUGUAUGCCUAAUUUUUCAAAUAGAACACACACUCAAAGUACAAUCUGUUUCUCACCCAAGGCUGAGUGUGCUAUCAUCUGUCUUUACCAGAAUUGGUUAAAAACCGCUAUAAUCUGCUUCCAAACUGGCAGCUUACAUACAAAGGAAGAAAGUUUAAAAGAUUUAACACUUGAAAUGGCAAAUAUCACUUUAGACAUCAUUAACACAAAGCAAAUAACAAUAUGAACAGUUGUUUCCAAUUCCUCAAGAGUCCAGGUCCACUCAAGUGGUCUCCAUGACCUCUGACCUGGCUGGGUCGGUCCUGUGGAAACAAAUCCUUUGGCAUACAGAAAAGCAAUCACACACAUAUGAUUCCAGUUCUAGUCUGAAGUGGAUUGACACUGUUCAUCAUAUAAUCUGGACUCUUAAACAUUCAGAUUUGUUUAUAAUCAUAAAGACAUAAGAAAGGACAUGUUACUCCAUCCUGGAGUGGACAUCCAUCAGAAAAUCCAACCAUCUCGAUAAUAUGAUGGUCUGGGGCUAUUUUCCUGCUUCAAAGCACACCAGCAAGGCCACUUCUGAACGGCUGAAGAAAAAUGAAGACUUUGGAGUGGCCUAGUUUGGAGUGUUAUGGUGAGUUGAAUUGUUUUGUUUAGUUCACUUGGUUUGUGAUAUAAAUGUAAUUUCAUUCAAAUCGAAUUCUUGUUAAAAACUGUAAAUAUUUGACAACACCCCACCUCCACUUUAAUCAGAUCAAACAGGCGUAUAAAAUUAUUGCCGUUCUAACCAAAGUCUGCUUGUAGACGUAAGGGUUGAAGUUCAGUGUGCCAUCUGUGAAUGUGGAACUUCCAAAGCGGUUGCCUGCUCCAGUGGUCAGGUGCACUAACAGAAUCUUGUGGACUCAUCCGCCAUGGCGUCACAGACCCUUGUAUUGGCAGCUCUAGGAAGAUCUAUGUUUCCUGGUAUGCUUUAUGACUGCCGAAAUGAUUCCUUCAUUCCAGGUGUUGCUCUGUGGAACAAGAAAUCAAUCCAUGACAAUUUGGACACCCAUCCUCAGCCCAGGACAGAUUUGAAGUUCAGCAGCUCUGAUUCCAUCUCUGAUAAGUGCAAUUUAAUGGAUAUAAGUGCUUCCCUGAAAGCUAGCUUCUUGGGGGGGCUUAUUGAGGUGGGAGGAUCUGCCAGAUACCUGCGUGACACCAAAUCCACAAACCAACAGUCAAGAGUAACAAUGAAUUACAGUGAAACAACGAGAUUUGACCAGCUCAUCAUCAGUCAGCUGCAGGAUAUCACCUACCCUCAAGUGUUUGAGCAGAAAACUGCAACUCAUGUGAUCACGGCUGUACUGUACGGAGCCCAGGCAUUCAUGGUGUUCGACAGGACAUUAUCAACGGAUGAGAAUAUCCAGGAGAUUGAGGGAGAAUUAAAUGUAAUGGUCAAAAAGAUCCCUGAUUUUUCCAUUGAGGGAAAAGGAUCUGUAAAAAUGACAGACAGUGACAAGGACAAAGCCGAGAAGAUAUCCUGCACUUUUCAUGGUGACUUCCAUCUUGAGCAAAACCCCACCUCAUACAUGGAGGCCCUGGAUACAUACCAGAAGCUGCCCACACUGCUGAAGGAGAAUCCCCAGAAUGCAGUUCCAAUAAAAGUCUGGCUAUAUCCACUUUGUUUACUAAAUGAUAAUGUAGCCAAGCUGGAGAGAGAAAUCCGCUUAAGUCUGAUUUCCAACACUGUAGAUAUAAUUGAAAAGCUGGAAGAAGUCAACAGGGUUUCCAGUGACCUGUCCAAUAAUACACUGACAGAUGAUUUCAGUGACAUCCAAAAGAGGCUUUGCUCAUUUCAGGAGUCAGUUGGCAUCUACAAGAUGUUGUUCCAGAAAGCUGUGGCCAGGGUCUUGCCUGAUAUUCGAGGAGGGGUAAAGGAGGAGGAGUCCCUUGCAGAUAUCCUGAAGAUCCACCAUGACUCCCCUUUUAAUGCAGGGAAGCUAAACCAGUGGUUAAAGGAUGAAAAUUCUGAACUUCACCUCCUGAGUUCAUAUCUCAAGACGCUCGAUGGGAUCAAAAUUGAAGAUCCAGACGGUCUCAGCACCAUCCUUUUUGAUCCUUAUAUUGAUGUUGUGGUGUGCUUGACCAUCACAUCUUUGAGCUAUGAAGACCCUGAUCUCAAAAAACAGGAGGAGUUUCUGAAAUCGGACCAGUUUAAGAAGCUAGAUGGAGCAAACGGCCAUGAAACAGAUGUGGAACCUGUCAGAAAGUGGUUUAACAAUCCUGAUGCCAUCAGACAGAUGAGAGAGAGCUUAACUCAAUUCAGGAGUUUUUCAGUGGCUAAUAAAGAUGAUAAGAGAAUCCGCUUCAUUGUUUCUGCUAUCUCAGAUAGCUCCAAUCCAGUCACUUCCAUUUAUUUUUAUCAAAAAGGAGAACUGAAAAACACAAAGCUUCAGUUGCCAUCCAAACCACCACCACCAAUAGUGAAGGAUGUCCAGAACCAAACAGUGUCUCUGCAACUGCAGAAGUCCCCAACUGGAGUCACAGUGAAGUACAGAGUCGAGUACAAGGAGUCAAGCGCUGAUUCUGCUGCUGAAGACAAUUGGUUUGUCGUAAACACAACUGAUGAAGACUUUACUCUGACUGGAUUGGAGCCUGAUAAGUCCUACUUGAUCCGCUACAGGAUAGUGGGUGAAGUGGGAGUGAGUGAAGCCAGUGAUACCAUCAGCACAAUACCAUUUUCAGCACAUCCUUCGAUUGUUGGUUUGCCAAUAGGUCCAGAGUUCACCAUUAUGAUGGGUUCUGGCAACUUUAAGGAAAUCAGCAUCACAUUCGAUGAGAAAAUUCUGAAAUCCAUCCAAGUGACUCUCAGCAGCGGCAACAAGAUGACCAUUGGAAAUAGAGGACUAUGCAGAAGACAUCGGCAAGCCAAUCAAGGCAAGGUACCGCCUACUUCGAAGCACUAUUGGCUGACAGGACUGCCAAUCUAAAUCAACCGUGUGAUGACGACUUCUCUCUCUGCCAAUCACGCUCGUUGCAGAGCCCUUUAAAUAGGAAGCGGCAACUGGAAGAGAUCAGCUGCUGUUGUUGUUUUGGCGUGUUGUCUGUUUGGUGGUGUCCGUUUGUUUUGUAGCUGUUACUGAUGUUGACUUUGAGUGAGGUUUGUUUGAGAGUUCUGAUGUGUGUUUUUACAUCUUUAGCUCGCUAAUGCUCCAUUCAAAAUCCUUCUGUGACUUUUGACAAGGGAGAUCUGGAACAACCUAGUAAGUCACGUGACAUACAUACUUUGCACGCAGGUUUAUUGAUGUAUAGACACACUAGUUAGCGAAGUGCGCUAAUUUUGUAUUUCUAUUUUUCAGAUUAGCGUAAGUUCAGGGCGCUUUUGGCGCUGAAGACUUUUCUUUUCAUAUUGUUUUCUUAUUUAGGGGUUUGGGGAAGAGUUUAAGGGAAUAUUUUUGUUAUAUUUAUUUCUUUGAGUUUGCUAGCGCAACUUCAGUUCCCUCUCCCGGGUUUAUCUUGGUUCUUUUCAACUUCAUCUUAUCGUUUAUAAAUAUUGUAAAUACUGUGGGAGCAAUAAAUCUUUU